UAUAAAAAUAAACAGAUGUUGGCCCCUUGCACUCCCAGUGUUACGACCUGUGGAUGUUUUAAGUUGUAUUUGUUGGUAGUGUACAAUUUUUUAUUAGUUUUGUGUUCUUAAGUAUGUCAGUAUAUUAAGUUGUUUUGUUUCUUUGUAGGUUGGUCAGAUAUUUUACUGAACACAACUGAACGCCAUCUAUUGCUGAACUACAAAAUAAUAGAUAUACUGGCCGAGUCUUAUCCAACCUUGUCAUUGGCAUGACAGAGCCUUGAUGGAGCCAUAACAUACAAAGAUUGAAUGAGUAGUGCAAUUUCCAUAUUUUCCAUUAUAUUUAUAUCAAUUGUGAUAUAUUGAUUGAUUGCAGCAUUUUAGAAAACACAUAAUUGCAUAAGUCGGUUUUACAGUAUAAGUAUAUAAGUCAGUUGGACAUUUACGAAACAGCUAAUAAGACCAUGGAGAAGUAUUACUCUUGUAGCUGCUGUCUGGUGCGCCCUCCGGACAAAGGCCUCAAGACGCUAUACAAUCAUCUUGGCAAAGCAGAGAUAUAUUACGACAUGCUGAGAGAAUGCUUUGGUUUAAGUCUAAGUUUAGGAAAUGUGGAGUGUGGGAUCUGCGAGGUGUGCGUGGGGCGGCUGCGGGACGCGAGCGACUUCAAGCAGCAAGUGCAGCGCGUGCAGGACGUGCUGCACAAGCGGCUCACGAGAGUGCUCCCUGCCACCGAGGGUGACAAUAUCAACGUCAAGUUAGAGAAACCUACUGGAGAUGACGCCAUUUCGCGCGGGAUCAAGCAGGAGAAGCUGGAGGUGGAGGUGGCUGACAGCAACUUCGUCUCAGUUACAUUAGAGUCAUUACACGAAAGUUCGCCAGCGCCUUUUGCUCAACCAGUUCCUUCCGCUUCUCACAGCGUCUCGUGCGCACCCACUCCAAACGUUACCAGGCGCCGCUUCCACCAUGGAGACAAACCUUACGCGUGCAACAUAUGCAACAAAAGAUUCGUACAGAAGGGCCAUUUAAAUGUUCAUUACGCAAACCAUAUAGGAAAAUUCAAAUUCUCUUGCGAAUUAUGCAAAAGGGGAUUCGUACAGAAAUGUGAUUAUGUAAUUCAUAUGCGGAUACACACUGGUGAAAAACCAUACGAAUGUGAUAUUUGCAACAAGAAAUAUAGACAUAAAGGCCAAUUAAACCAACAUAAAAAUACUCAUGUGAAAUAUGAUCAGAAUCGCGUAGAGCCAGGAGAAAUAACUACAUGCAAGAAAGAGUCGUCAGAAGAAUUAGAAGAUCGAGGACCCGCAAAAUGUUUUACGUGUGAUAUAUGCAAAAAGCAAUUUGUUGAUAAAACCUAUUUAGACGCCCAUUCCAAACAUCACUCUGGAGAUUAUCCGUUCACUUGCGACAUUUGUACAAGGAAAUUUAAUACGCAGUUUGCUUUGAAAACUCAUAAAGUUGAUCAUUUGGGAGGGAGACCUUUUAAGUGUGAAAAAUGUAAUAAACGGUACACAACGAAAAGUACUUUAGCUCUACAUUUGAAAGUUCACAAUGAAGAUUAUAAGCACGCAUGUCAUCUGUGUAGUAAACGAUUCAUAACAAAGGAGACUUUAAAUGUACAUAUGCUCGUACACACGGGGGAAAGGCCUUAUGCCUGUGUAACUUGUGGAACUAAGUUCCGGUAUAGAAAAAGCUUGAAGAAACAUUUAUUUGAGAAACACAACCAAGUUACGGACAAACAAUUCUGUUGUGAUACUUGUGGGAAACGAUUUGCAUUACAGGAGAUUUUAGUAAAACAUAUGAAGAAACACGAAGUCCAGACUGAGAAGGAAAGGAUGAAGAAGGAAAAGGAGAAGAAGAAGGACCCCGCUGAUAAAAAGAAAGAACUAGCAUUUAUGUGUGAAGUAUGUAGCAAGCGAUUUACGACUAUAGGUAUUUUAAAUAAUCAUAGAGUUACACAUAAUGAAGAAAAACCUUUCGAGUGCGACGUAUGUCAUAAAAAAUACCGAAAGAAGGGAAAUUUACAGGACCACAUGCAGGUGCACGAGGAAAAAAAACACUCGUGUGAAGUAUGCGGCCAGCCAUUCAGACAUAAGUCUGCCUUGAAUGUUCAUAUCCGACGGAUGCACGAGGAAAACAGACCACAUGUUUGCGAUAUUUGUAAUAAGGCUUUUGUAGUUCUUGCUGAACUUAAAGUUCAUAAUCGUAUACACACUGGGGAGAAACCGUUUGCUUGCGAAAUAUGUUGGAAGAAAUUUGAGCGCCCUGGUAGAGUUAAGAAACAUCUUGUAAAUGUCCACCACGAGAAACCUACGAGAUUUGUUAAGUUAAAAGAAUUGUAUUAAAUUGAGUAAAUUAAAAGUGACUUGUUCUAUAAA